AGAAGAAGGAGAAGCUGAUGAAAAAGAAAAGCCAGUUGGCUCUGGUUCUCGCCAUGGUGAACAUGUGCACGUUAACGUGAGACGCCAUCGCCGCUCUGUUUUUACCAAAGACGACAAACUUUGCGAUCAAAUUCAAAAUGGACGCGACAGAAUUCUACUCCAACUACCAUCGAAAACAGUUGAAAGUGCACGACAACAACAGUGGAGCUUGUUCAGAAACAACCACAACAGACGACGACGAUGACCGUCGUACGCACAUUAGUCGACUCUACCCAGAGAUCCUGGCCAUCAUUUUCGGCAUGUUGGAAGUGAGGGAUCGUGGCCGGGCAGCUCAAGUGUGUCACAGCUGGAAAGAAGCUGCGUAUCAUCGCUCCGUGUGGCGAUCAUGUGAGCCCAAAUUGCAUUUGAGACGGGCCAAUCCUUCACUGUUUCCUAGUCUCGUACGCAGAGGCAUCCGCCGAGUUCAGAUCCUUUCGCUGAGACGCAGCCUCCGCGACGUGACGCAGGGAUUGCCCAACAUCGAGUCGCUCGAUUUGAGCGGCUGUUUCAACGUGACGGACAUUGGCAUUGCCCACGCCCUGACGUCCGAUCUUCCCACCCUGAAGCGUUUGAAUUUGAGUCUGUGCAAACAAAUCACCGACUCGAGUCUCAGCCGAUUGGCUCAGUAUUGCCGCCAAUUGCAGGAGCUCGACCUGGGCGGCUGUUGCAAUGUCACCAACGCAGGACUUUUGCUCAUUGCCUGGGGCCUCAAAUCCCUCAAGAGCCUCAAUCUGAGAUCCUGCUGGCACGUCUCUGAUCUUGGCAUCGCCAGUUUGGCUGGACUUGGGUCAGACGCUGAAGGCAAUUUGGCUCUGGAACACCUCGGACUUCAGGAUUGUCAGAAAUUGACGGACGAUGCACUAAUGCACGUGUCUACCGGCUUGAAGCAGCUCAAAUCGAUUAACUUGAGUUUCUGCCUGUCCAUCAGCGACAGCGGACUUAAAUAUUUGGCCAAAAUGCCGUCGUUGUGCGAAUUGAAUCUUCGUUCGUGUGACAACAUUUCCGAUGUCGGUAUGGCCUACCUGGCCGAAGGAGGAUCCAGGAUCACAUCGCUGGACGUGUCGUUUUGCGAUAGGAUCGACGACCAGGCCGUCGUUCACGUGGCUCACGGUCUGGUGCAUUUAAAACAAUUAUCUUUGAGCGCCUGCCACGUUUCGGAUGAAGGUCUCAUCCGAGUGGCUCUGUCCCUCCUCGACCUCCAGACGCUCAACAUUGGCCAGUGUAGCCGCAUUACGGAUCGAUCCAUCCAGGCCGUCGCCGAUCAUUUACGCAAAUUACGAUGCAUAGAUCUCUAUGGGUGUACGAAAAUCACCACUUCCGGAUUGGAAAAAAUCAUGAAACUUCCGCAGUUGAGCGUCCUCAAUCUCGGCUUAUGGCAUAUCCGAUGACGUCUGAUCCAUUUUUCAAAUCUAUUUUUUUUUUAGGAAGAUAACACAAAAAAAAAAAUGCUAAACAUAUUUUGAUGCGUUUCCAUGUGCGAAUUGGAAAUGUUUUUGUGAUAAAAGUUUAAAGAGAAAAACUAAUUCGGAAACGGACGAUUUCGUUUUAAAACGUUCAUAAUAUUCCCCAUGCUCUGCCCCGCCUACUUCCAUUUUCUUUAUUUGAAGAAGAAGAAAAAAAACUUUGAAUUUGUUUGUUUUUUUUUCUUUCUUUCUUGAAAUGCCAUUUUUUAUUUUGCUGAUUGCGGGAGAAAAACAAAAACAAAUAGUGCAAACACGGUCAACUGUUUACCACGUGAUAAUAAUAAUGGGUAAUAAUUAAAUUAAUGGGUUUGUGGGGGCAUGGUAGGCGGGGGAUAAGAAGGAAAUUCUUUUUAUUUGUUUUCUUUUUUUGUGAGUUUCGGUAAAUUUCUUUUUUUUUUUUGUUUGUUUUUGUUUGUACGGAAACAAAACAAAAAACGGCCAUUGUUCUUUGAUUUCAUUUUUCUUUCGUCAUGGAUUCGGAAGAAGAAAUUCGCUCAAUAGAGAAAAUAAAAAAAAAUGUGAAUUAUAAACGAAAAAAAAAGAUAAUGAAAAAAGAAUUAAAAAAAAAUCGAGUUAUCCAGCGGAAACGAAAAUAUAUUCACCUGCCAUUGGUUUUUUGUUUUUGUUAUUUGCGAUUGGAGGAAAUGGUUGAAAAGCAAGUAAAAAUAAAAUGGAGGGGGAAGUGAA